AUGGCGCUUCAAGAACCCGUCGACAUGUCAGCCGCUUGGCUCGCCCAUGCGCCACCUCCUCCUCCAACCACCGCGGUCCGCAAACCUCGUAGGAGUUCAUCGUACGAGCCUUUGUCUGCGCAUAAUGGCAGCACCAUGAAUGAUAUGCACACGCGUGGCGGCUACCUUCCACCAAGCUCCCACUCACCCGAGCCUCCAAGCUCACGAAGAUCCUCUGUUUCCGACCUCAAGGAGCUGACGUCUUCAUCCUCUGCACCGGCUUCGUCCGUAAAGAGGGUACGCUCCAAAGUCACCUCGAACCCAGUGCCACCAGCACCCAGCGCUUUCUACAACUACCAGCAUCAACUCCAGCAGCAGCAGCAGCAGCAGCAGCAGCAGCAGCAGCAGCAGCAGCAGCAGCAGCAGCAACUCUACCAUCAGUCACAGCACCCUGUGCUACCUACACAACAAUUGCCCUAUGCUGUCGCUCCUGAUGCUGUCCAUGCACCAGCACAACUUCCCAUGACCUCUGCUGUCAUGGCACACAGCUGCUCGGACAACAACGCUAGUCCAAGCUACCCGGGAUAUUCACGAGAGCGCAGAGACAGCGCACCCAUCAUUUCCUACUCUCAGCAACCGCAUAGCACUAUCUAUGCCCAGCAGCAUUUGCCGGCAAACAGUGUCUCUCCCGUUCACCCGACUGUGUACGAUUCCGUCGUUGCCGCAGCAUCAGCACCAGCACCUGUUACCACAUCUCCCUACUCUGCAGCUCAACCACCCUUGAGCGCAGUGCCAGCAUCGCACCUGCAAUACAUGCCUCCUCUUCAUAGUCCAAUCCCACCACAUGUGCCCCAUUACGGCGUUCCACCUCAGCAGCAGCAUCAGCCGUGGGCGCCGACACCACAAAGCCAGCCAGUAUACCAGCAAGCACCAGCUCAUUUCCAGUAUCCUGCCGUCACACCGCCUGGCGUCCAGCAACCAUGGGAUCAACCUGGUGCUACUGUCCCAUCGUCUCAGCAGCCAGGAAUUACCUUUCCUGCCUCGGCCGGCGCUCCACCCUCCAUGAUUCCAUCAAAUACGCAUGUCUCGCCAACUAUGCAGAUCAGCUCUCCACCUAUAUCCGCUACUUCCCCGCGUCCUGGUCACGCGACCGAUCUGAGCAGACAGUCCACCACUUCAUCCGUUGCCUCCGUUCGCAGACCGUUGCCUCAACCAUCGCGAACUUCGUCCAAUCCGUCUGCGCCCGGCUCGCCUGUAACAAGCCCGAUCGGUCUCACCAAUCGUGCAAGCGUCCGACGUGACCUUCCCAGACCACCGUCGGGCUCUUCGGCGACCAUAUCCACUGCAUCCGCUUACAUGGCAUCCAAUCUGGCCAGAACGGAUCCAGGCAGUCCAGGAUCGCCUAUUGCUGGCACCACGUCGCGUCUGCCUGCAUCUGCUCUGAACCGUACCGAGAGCGUACGGCUGGCAGCGGAAGCCCUCAUGGCCAGAGGCGUCCCACAAAGACGUCCGCUCCGCAGCGCCUUGGCUAGCACCACCUUUUCGCCCCCUCUUCCACCUACCAGAAUGGCUGCUAGCCCUUCCGUUCAUACGCGCGAGCUGCCUGCCAGCCAAAGCGAGCCCGUAGCCGCCACGACUGGCACUCGCACACGCAUCGCUGAGCAACAUCCCACCGAAUCGCCCUCGGUAGCUGUUCAGGCAACCCAUCGAUCAAGCCAGAGUACUGGCUCCGUCCUCAGCCAUUCGAUCGACUCGAGUCCUGUCCGCCCUCGUGCUCUACCGGAGCCUGCUGCGGCGCCAGCGCUUCAACACUCUGUGACCACAGCCCCUGCGCCCCCUCAGAAUGCCGUGCAACCGAGUCUGGCCUCUGAUGCAUCACACGUACACGCUCAACCAUCGCAGCCAUCUCGUCGUCAUGAGCCUGCUCGCUAUCAAGAAACAGCUCAAUUGGUCGACUCAUUGGCUAGCAUGUCUGUAGGCAAUGCAAAUCCAUCACAGGCGGCUGCUUGCUCAACACCAGCGCCAAGUGUUCCCGUUUUCAGCUUUGAAGCUCCGGAUGAGGAGCCGGAAAAACCGAGACGUCGACGUGGCAGUAGCGUGUCAAGAGCUGGUCCACCUCCAGGUCAAAAGGCGAUUCAACAGGCUGUUACGGCGCCUACGAUCGUCUUACCGGGCGGUGAUGGCGAUGACGGGGGACACGCGGCAGGACCGUCGAUUCAGAUCUGUGGAGCGGAUGAUGAGCGUGCAUGCUCGAGUUCGGGGCCGAUGGUUUCUGUCACUGCUGACGAUGACGACGUCCGCUCGCAGACGAGCAACGCGUCGAAAGGACCUUCGAUUUCGGUCUCAUUUUCAGCGGAGCCAUCUGCGAAAUCACAACGUGCAGGCACGAGUCAUGCACCCUCUAGCGGAGCGGCCACCGCCAUGGGCUCGGCGACGAAUGGUCGAGUCUCUGCAUCGUCUGUCGGCAGCGGUGCAGGUUGUCAUGGAUGUCGCAAAUGGAUCGCGGGCAAAGUGGUGCAUGCACUAGGAACAACCUACCAUCCGGGAUGCUUCGUGUGUGCGCACUGCUCCGAGGGGCUCGAGCACGUCGCGUUUUACGAACACCAAGGGCUUCCGUAUUGCCACUUUGAUUACCACGAACUCUUCUCGAAACGUUGCUUCCAUUGUCGAACACCUAUCGUGGAUGAACGCUACAUCAGCGUGCAAGACGAAGAGCUCACUGGGCAGGACGGAGAGACGGCGGAACGAUGUUAUCACGAACUCCACUUUUUCUGUGCCAACUGUGGCGAUCCUUUCCUCGACCCCAAGGCCGCCGGUUCGGCUGCCGGUAGCGAUCCAGGCUUGAUGACGGCGGAUGAGAAUGGCAAAGUCAAGCAUGGCGGUAUGGAGUUUAUCGUCCAUAAGGGUUACCCGUACUGCGAAAAGUGCCAUGUCAACUUGCACAAGCCGAGGUGUAACGGUUGUAAGAAGCCGGUGCUCGGCGAUCUCAUAUCGGCGUUACGAGCCAAGUGGCAUCCGGAGUGCUUCACUUGUUGCAGCUGCGAUAAACCGUUUGAGGAUACUAUGUUUUUCGUCAAGGAUGGCAGACCGUAUGACGAGGCUUGUUACAAGGUCUUGUUACGCAACAUGAUCUAG